GCAGUUAUCGAUGUGAUACGAGGGCGCAGCAAUCAACAAGUGAUCGCAUCACUGCUAGCACUAAAACUCAAAUUUUCGGUGUUUACGUUUGCGUGCGUCGAGUUUUUGCCAAAAUACAAAAAAAAAAGAAACAAAAAAAGUUAAACCAAACAAAUAAAUAAUCAAAUUUCGAUUAAACUUUGCAAAGUAAAAUAAAGUGGUAAACAGUGAGAAUUAAAGUGUGCGCAUGCGCCACUUGUUUGGCCUCGAUAAUCGUAAUCACGCUCCACAUCCGCUUAUUGUUGUAUUCUUUCUAACCCACUCCCAAUUUCCAAAUGCGCAUUUUCUGAUUUGCAUUCGAAUGCGUUAGGGCGAGUGUGUGUGAGUGAGAGAGAGAGAGAGGGCGAGAGGAUGCUGCUCAGUGAGCUGCACUUCUGGACCACGGUGCGCGAUGAGGUGCGCAUCAAGAGCAGCGAUUUGGGCGCCUUUCGUUACAAGCGCCAGCGCGAACUCGCCCACGAGCUGACCCUCGAUCUGGCUAAGCGGGACUACACGGAACGGCGCAAUGGGCUCGCCGUCUUGAAGAACAGUCGCAAGGCAGCUGGCCGCCUGAAGGAUAAUCUCAAGAAACUGGAGGAUGUGUUGCGCACACACAAACUGGUGCACACGGAAUGGCAGGAUGCGGCACAGGUGUUGCUACUCUUCGACAAUGGCAUCAUUGCGCACAUCUGUGUCGAUAUCUAUACGGGCGACAUUCUGCGCAUGGUCUUUGAAAAGUAUCUCGUUGGCAAACUGGCCGCCGAGGUCAUUACCGAUGCAUUUUUUACACGUUCCCACAUCGUCUUGGCCUACAAUACGAACCAGCUGACGGUGGUGCUGCUGCAGCGUCCCAAUCUGCGACCGCUGGGCCCCGAGAAGAUUGCCAACAUGGAUCCCCGCAUAUUCCAUGUGAUCAUUCCGGGUGCCGCCUCAGAGCGUAAGCUGGCACGCCAUCUAACGGUAAAUGGCAGCUUUGAUCUGUUCGUCGUCUGGACGCAAUCCUCCCAGAACGAAGUCUAUCCCUGGCGACCCACCGUACGCGAUCAGGAUCGUGCCAACAUACACAUCUUCAAGAUCAAGGGUUUACAGCUAGAAUCGAUAGCCUAUUGCUGGUCCGAGAACGAUCCGUUGUGCGUGGACUUUUUGCGCAGCUCAGAGAAUCAAAUCAUCACACUGGAGCAGAAGGUAUCCCGCAAAGGGGACAUCAGUGCGGAGAUCUGUUCGUAUGAGCUGGCAACGGGUAAAAUGCAACGCACGGCAAUCACCUCAAUUGCGAUGGGCACCCAAAUCUGUUGCUUCGCCUUCAGUCCGGAUCAGGAGAAGUUAUUUCUGGGCAGCAUCGAUCGCAACAUAUGUCUGCAUGAUCUGGUGCUGCAGACAACCAAGUAUAUCAAUCAAAUCGAGAUUGUGCCCACACAGUGUGCGUGGCACUGUGACUCUGCGCUCCUCUGUGUGGCCAAUGAGCGAUCCGUGCUGCAGUGCUUCGACUUGGCAUUGGCGCCCAUUGGCAAUCAGCUGGUCAGCGAGAAUGUGACGCCGCUCAGUUUGCUGGAUCUGUCGCACUAUUUUGCCACGCAGCCAACGCUGCUGAGCAUUGCAUUCAGUCGCAAGCCGGAUUUGGGCAGUUUCACGCAUAGUUAUGCGCAAACGGAUUGUCUGCUCCUGUUGCUGUACGAGCAGGGACCGUUGGCCUGCAUGCGUAUCUUUGGCGGUACGGGCAUGCGCGGCGACAUCCACAACAGUGGCCUCACAGCGGAUGUGAUUGCCGAUAAGUAUCUGCGUCUGCAGCAACCGGAGCGUGCCUUGAAUGUCCUCGCUGCCCUCAAUUGGGAAACCUAUGGCGCCAUGUGCCUGAUCACACUGCACAAGAUCGCCAACUAUGUGUUCUUUGGAGGCGAUCAGAGGCGGAUGCGUUUCGAUCUGAUGGCCAGAGCAUUGAAGACAUUCGCUCACACACUCUCCGAGGAUACGAAGGAUGAGUUUAGCGAUCAGGUCUAUGAUCUGAAAAGACGCUUCUGCUUCUUUUUACUGCGCAAAAAUCUAUUCAACGAAGCAUUUGAGAUUGCCCAUGAUAUCGGGGACUAUGAUCUGUUCAUGGAUCUGUUCAAUUUGACAAAAUGUAUUGGCAGCUUGAGCGAAUUUGCGCAGGCCGCCUUCAGUCAGGCCGCAGCCAUAAUCCAUGGACAGGAUCACAUCAAUGGCAAUCUGAGCUUAGCUUUGGCCAACGAUCUACGACCUGAAUCCGCCUGCUCGCAGUCCAGCUACUCGACGCCCAGUCAGCAGGCGCUGAAAAACUAUGUGCCACCCUUGCCCUCCUUCAAGUCCAAGAUCUUCAAUGCCGAGAUGAUUAAGAUAAACAUACCCAAGCCGGAGCUGCGACCGCCGGUGCCAGAGCUGCGGACAACCAAAUUAAGUAGCGCAUCCACGACUACAUCACUGGUGGCGCUCGCCCAGAAAAGUGGCAGCCAAGCGACGCCGCUGAAGCAUACAAAUGCGAAUAGCAAUGGCUGGUCACAGGAUGUGCCCGAUCAGACAGUUGGCUUGCCUCUGCCCCUGCCCCUGCCCCUGCCCAGUACAAUGACAACACGCCCUGUGAGUGCCUCGCAGCCAACGUCUUUUGUGGAUGCACAGGCGACACAGGCUCAGUUGGCUACACUGCAACAGCAACAGCAGCAGCCGCAGUUACAAGUGCAACCCACUCUCUCAUAUCAGCCCAAGUUUUAUCAGCAUCCACUUGUGUCUGGCAAUAUACCCGCUAUGCUGGGCACUGAGGAAUACCAAGCAAAGCGAAUGCUGCUUAAGAAGCCGACAGCAUCCAUACUCUCGAAUGCAGCAGCGACACCAAUCAAUGGCGAUAGUCCAGCAACGGCCAGCGUCAAAACGAAUCCAGCCGAGAAGAACAAAGUCAAGUUUUCGGACACCAUACAGGUGGCUGUGGUGCCGGAAAUACCGCGUAAGGAGAAACCGAUGCCGCCCAAGCGAAAUGGUUACUCUCGACCCACGGCGCGACAUUUAACCAAUCCCCGCAAGGAGCUGGCUGACAGCCUGCCGCUUUGCCAUCCAAACGAUGAAUACCUAAAGGACUUCAAUCCAAUAAGCACAAAUGUCAGCAAGCCCCCAACACGUCGCCGGGAGGAGGAAUCGACGAGCAGCAGCAAAGCCACGCCGAGCUCAUCUUCUUCCAUCAAAGUGGUGCAUUUUGGUGUUGUCUAACCGGAUACAUAUACAUAUAUUUUAUAGUGCAAUUAAUUAGACUAGAUUAGCUUACGGAUUCCGAGUGUCUUCCAAGUGCGUAACCCGUUGCCGUCCACUUAGUGCAAAGCUUUAAAUAGGAAAGUUCUCCUUUUUUAUACAUAAAUAUUUCUUGCUUUCUUUAAACUUUAUGCAGAUUUAAACUAGAUUUUAAUAUUUGAACAUAUGCCAAAAUCAAAAACAAAAACAGUA